ACAGUUAUUAUAAACCCCAUUCACUAGCCUCGUGUUCACACUCCCCUAACAUAACUCACAAAGGCUGUAGUUGCAGCUUCUCCCCGACAGAGGGCGCAAUGAAUGAAUGGUGAACUCCUGCAUGAGUAGAAAUAAAAACUAUGGAAAACUGUCUUUGUUUCCUAUAGCAACGGAUCACAACACUAAAGGAAAUGAAAGCUGCUCUGUGGUGAGGGUCCCUGUGUCCAGCCAGGUCACCAUGAAGGGUGAGGAUACCCGUCAGAGGAAAAAAGAGGGCCGUGCCAGAAAUGGAGAGCGCUCCAAACACAGAGCAAAGAACAAAGGCAGACAGAAUGAGAACCGAAAUAUCCACAAGGAAAUCGUGGAAGAAGAGGUGCCACUCAUUCCAGAAAAGCGCCCCCUGCCAGAAAAGAAAGCUCCCAUGCCCAGACCAGGAGAUGAGUCCUCUUUUUCCAUUGGUCUUCAGGUGUUGUUCCCAUACCUGGCAGCGGGGCUGGGCAUGGUGCUAGCAGGCAUGGUGCUAGAUAUUGUGCAGCACUGGGUUGUCUUCAAGACCAUCACAGAGGUUUUCAUUCUGGUUCCAGCAUUGGUGGGUCUCAAGGGUAACUUGGAGAUGACACUGGCCUCUCGGCUUUCCACUGCUGCAAACACAGGACAAUUGGAUGACCCUAGUGAGCGAUGGAAGAUGGCGAUCAGUAAUUUGGCUUUAAUCCAGGUUCAGGCCACAGUUGUUGGUCUAUUGGCCGCUGUUGCUGCUAUUAUCUUGGGAGCUUUGUCUAAAGGUUAUGUGGAAUUGGACCAGGCUGCUGUCCUCUGUGCCAGUAGCGUGACCACAGCAUUCAUCGCUGCCCUGUCCUUGGGUAAGAUCUUUGUGCAUUUCUGUCCUAACUACUGUGGGCUUGAUGCUCUUUUUAAUUUUGCUUUGUACUUCUGUCCAUUAGGUCUAGUGAUGGUUGGGGUCAUCAUUGCAUCUAGGAAGCUGGGCAUUAACCCUGACAACAUAGCUACUCCUAUCGCAGCCAGCCUGGGGGACCUUAUCACCUUGUCAUUGCUUGCAGGAAUCAGCAGCUCCUUGUUCAGCUACAUAGAUGUUCAGUACCUCUCUCCAUUGAUUUGUGUCGUGUUCAUCAUCAUGAUCCCAUUGUGGGUGGCCAUAGCCAAACAGAGUCCAUCCAUUGCUGAAGUUUUAAAGUCUGGUUGGCAGCCAGUUAUUGUGGCCAUGUCCAUUAGCAGUAUCGGUGGACUUAUCUUAGACAAGACAGUAACAGACCCAAAAUUCGAGGGCAUGGCAGUUUUCACACCUGUUAUAAAUGGGGUAGCUGGAAAUCUUGUGGCUAUCCAGGCAAGUCGGAUCUCCACGUUCCUCCAUUUCUGGAGCAUGCCUGGUGUCUUACCAUACAAAAUGAGACAACACUGGCCCAACCCUUGCACAACAUUUUUCUCCUCAGGUGUUAAUUCGAAAUCCGCCAGAGUGUUAGUUCUGCUGGUUGUGCCGGGACACCUCGUCUUCCUGUACACCAUCCACUUGCUGCAGGGCGGUCACACAGCACUCACUUCACUGUUUAUCACCUUCUACUUGCUUGCAGCCCUCAUACAGGUCUGCAUUUUAUUAUACAUAGCUGACCUCAUUGUGCGCUUCAUGUGGCGAAGAGGCCUGGACCCAGACAACUUUUCCAUCCCAUACCUCACUGCCCUUGGCGACCUGCUGGGCACUGGAUUCCUCGCUGUCUGUUUCCGGCUUGUUUGGCUCCUUACUGGCACAGAGUCGGACCUGGGAGACUGAAUGGACUGAUCCAAUUUUUAUUUCUAUUUUUGUUCCUUUUACUUUGCUACAAAACUUGCACUUGAAAGGAACAAUAUAAGAAUACAUGUUUUAUACCAGCUAUGACAUCAAAGAGACUUUUUAUCCACUCAAGGGAUUUAAUAAUAUUUAUCAUCAGCAAUGAAAAUCACAGCUGAAGCAGCAAAUUUUUAGGAAAAAUCUCCAGUUAUUUUUAUUUAUAUAGAAAUCAAAUGCUGUUUGUUUACAAUAAAACCUUUUGCUCUAAUACAGUUUGUGUGAAGUUGAGGAAUUUAGUAGGAAUGGAUGCAACUAAAGCUAUAGUUUGGAGUUACUCUCUUACAUUAAAGGGGUACUCCGGUGCCAGAAAGUUAAACAGAUUUGUAAAUUACUUCUAUUAAAAAUCUUAAUCCUUCCAGCACUUAUUAGCUGCU